AUGUAUCCGGCCAUGCUUCCCACACCACCACCUUCUCCCACUCUCCGGUGUUACACUCCCGAGGACCGAUUAGGAUUUAUCUUGGCCAACCGUCUUGAACUCACCGGAAUUCUGGGCGUCGGUGCUUAUGGAGUCGUCUAUACUGCCGUGGACAUUCACACCAACGUUUCCUAUGCCGUCAAGGCCUUGAAUAAAUCUGGGCUGGACCCCCGACAAUUGAAAUACCAACAGCGAGAGAUCCGUCUACACCAUCUGGCCAGCCAACACCCCAAUGUGGUCUCCUUAAUUCGAAUUAUGGAUUCCGUGGAUUGCACUUACGUCGUCAUGGAAUACUGCCCGGAAGGUGAUUUGUUCUCUAGUAUCACCGAUAAGGGAAACUUUGUCUCCAAUGACCCCUUGGUCAAGCGCGUAUUCUUGCAAUUGCUGGAUGCCGUACAGUUCUGCCACUCCAUCGGGAUUUACCACCGGGAUCUUAAGCCUGAGAACGUUUUGGUGACGGAUCAAGGCAUGACUGUUAAACUGGCUGACUUCGGCUUGGCCACCACGGAUUACUUCACCACGGAUUUCGGUUGCGGUUCCACUUUCUACAUGUCGCCUGAAUGUCAACAGACCAACCCCCGACCCAUGUCUUGUUACGCCUCCGCAGCCAAUGACGUCUGGAGCCUGGGUGUGAUGCUUGUGAACCUGACCUGCGGUCGCAACCCAUGGAAGCGUGCCUCCCUCGAGGAUUCCACAUUCCGGGCAUACCUCAAGGAUCCAUUCUUCCUCAAGUCCAUCCUGCCCCUAUCCACGGAGAUGGUCUGUAUUCUCAGCCGCGUAUUUGAGCGCGACCCUGCCAAGAGGAUCACCAUCCCGGAACUGCGCCAACUGAUCGUGGAUUGCCCCCGAUUUACCGAACAACCCCCUGUGACCUCCUGGGUGCCGGACCAGAUUCCGCAGGCCGACUACUUGGUCCAGCCCCAGAUGCCCUUCGUUCCCGUGGAGCCCUUGCAUGCCCAACAAUCUGGAUCGUCGUCGGACUCGUCACACUAUUCUGAUUUCUCCGACUCGGCCAUCUCCGAUACCUCGGCCUUGACUGAGGACUAUGGUGACUACGAUUACAACUACAUGUCGCCCAUGGCCUCGGAACAGGUGCAAGUACCGGACUGCAAGGUUGUCUUUCCCCACCCCAUCUGCGUGGACCAUGGCAUGCCAGAUAACUUCACGGGAGCGCCCAUUCUGGUCUGUUAA